AUGCCAUCAGGACAGGAUUCCGACGACGACGCUGCGUCUGCGUUAUUUCCGCAGCUGGGGAACUACGAGCCCUCGCUUUCUGCUUCUAGCGAAGCGUCUGAGUCGACGUCGUCCGACCUCCACAGCUCCAUCAUACACAAAAUCAUUAGAGCAGGCUCUACUCCAGGAGCCACGUCUUCACGGUUUUAUUACAGCGAUCUGUACGACUACUACGCAAACAACAACAGUACUGAGUAUGCGAGCGACUUCGAAGCUUACGAACGGCGCAUUCAAAAGGAGAGUAGAAUCAGGAACGCCAUAUCACGCUUGAAUCAGGAACGACGCAAUCGCCAGAGCUGGAGCGAGCCCAAGCUCGGAAUCGUCAACCUCAGCAGAGUAAGCAGUCUUGAAACCGUUCCUAUCGACGAGAACGAGGAGGUGGAAGAGCUGCCCAUCGAGCACCAGACGAUAGCACAUAUCAGGAAGUCUGACUUCAGCGAUAUCAACAUAGACGACGACCAGCCAGAAAUGAUUGUGAGCAACGACGAAAACCUGGAUUACACUUUUCGACGAAUAGAGCCUGCGCUGGAGUCCCGGAAGAAAAGAAAGUCGUUUUUCGACUACUUCAACAUCAACCGCAACUACCGCAUACAACGCAAGUUGCAUGUCCGCCAUCUGCACCAAAUCGCGCUGGGAGGAACGCUAGGCGUGGGCCUAUUACUUUCCUCAGGCAAGGCGUUCAGCAUCGCCGGUCCACUGGGCUGUCUGCUGGGGUUCAGCAUCGCAGGGUUGAUAGUCUUGGCUACGAUGCUGUCUUUCUGCGAAAUGGUGACGCUCAUCCCGCUCUGUGGCGGCGUUUCCGGAGUGUCGUCCCGAUUCGUCGACGACGCGUUUGGGUUCGCGCUCGGCGUGUGCUACUGGCUCAGCUACUGCAUCGGCUUCCCUACGGAGAUCACCGCAGCCUCCAUCAUGCUCAGUUUCUAUCCCAGCCUCGAUAUUCCCGGGCCCAACACGGCAGGCUGGAUAACGCUGUUUUUGGUGGUUGCGCUGCUGAUAAACCUGUGCGAUAUCAGGGUUUACGGAGAGAUCGAGUACUUUUCCACUCUUUUCAAGCUGCUUAUCCUGGUAGCUCUGCUGAUCUACAACUGCGUGCUCAACGCGGGCGGAUCUGCGCCCCACCACGAACGAAUUGGGUUCCGAUAUUGGGACAGCUCCAAAUCAGACCUGCAGCACCACAUCACCUACGGGCCCUUUAGACCAACUUUUGACGUCAAGGACACAGGUACAGGAGCCACAGAUGGCAUAGGAGGCGCUAAGGGCCGGUUUUUGCAGGUUCUUAUAGCCUCUGUGGUGGCAGCCUACGGUUACGUAGGUACAGAAAUUGUUCUCAUUGCAGGGGGCGAGUCCCGGAACCCGCGCCACGCCAUCCCGCUUGCAACCAGAAACAUCUACUGGCGUAUCCUUGUGUUCUAUAUCCUGGCAGUGUUUAUCAUUGGCCUCAACAUUUACAGCGGCGACCCGCGCUUACUGAGAUACUUCACCUGGUCAGGUCCUUCUACCGAAAGCGAGAAAAAACAGCGCGAGCAAUUAGAGGAUACGGUCAUCCGGCUUAACGGCGGCGGGAACUGCAAAACGCACCUGCUCCAGUGGGCAGGCUUUGCCAACGGCAACCAGUCGCCGUUUGUGAUUGCUCUCCAGAGUGCCGGGCUCUGCACCUUUGCGGCUGCCACCAACGGCUUUCUGGUGUACUUUGCACUGACCGCGGCAUCUUCGCAACUCUACGCCUCGUCACGGACGCUGUAUUACCUGUCGAUUCAAGCCAAGGCGCCCAAGCUCUUUUCCAUCUGCUCCAGAAACGGUGUGCCAUACAUGAGUGUCCUCUUCACAGGCUUGUUUUCCUCACUCGCAUAUCUGUCGGUCAACAACAACACUGCCCUGGUGUUCGAGCGCCUGCUCAGUGUCUGUGCGUCCACAGGACUGCUUGUUUGGUCAGGUAUGUGUUUGUCGUUCAUCAGGUUUUUCUACGGGUUGCAGCUACGCCCAGAUAUCAUAAGUCGAACAGAGAAAAACUACCCCUACAGAUCUCCUUUCCAGCCAUAUCUCGCGUACUUUGGGAUGCUGGGCUCGCUAUGCUUGGUGCUGGUUGGAGGUUUUAUCCCGUUUAUCCACGGUCAGUGGUCAACAGCAUACUUUUUGUCGUGCUACGGCUCGUUGUUUGUGUGCAUUUUCUGCUACAUUGUGUACAAGAUUUUUCGACGCACGAGAGUCCACCGUCUCGACCAGCUCGACCUCGACUCCGGCAGACGGGAGAUCGACCGCAUCAUUUGGGAGGACGACACGCAUUACGCGAGCAACUUCAGGGAAAUGAUCAGUAAAGGGAUCAGCUUGCUAAUUUAA